UCUUUUAGUCAAUGGUAGCGGCAUACAUGUACCUCCCAUCGGAUUUUUUUUACCCGCGCUACCACUCUACAUCCGAUGACGUUUGUGGCGCCAGAAUCAAGGGGUACUGGAAGAAGAGGGUGUGUGUCCUAUGGCUUAUUUACAUCGGUCUGACUUAUUUUAACGGCGUAGCAUUGUUUUUAAUCAAGGUUCUUCGGUUGUCAUUGAUGCCGGGUAAAGUUACCCUGUGAGUCGAGAUGGUCUUUCUACGAAGCGGUGGCAGUGGCGUGGCAAAGUCGGCGACGAGCUUCAAUAGAUCAGCCGAUCUGAACGUUAGCUCCGAGUUUCUGUCGCUGGUUCCCGCGUUUGAGAAGAGGUCCGUCCGAAGUGCCACCAGGUCUACCCGGAGCCCAGAUGACAGCCCCAUUAGCGGCACCGACAUCCCCAUAAAUGGUCAUGCUGUUGUCAUGGAGAGAGCUGAGGGGAAGAAGGCGCAGGAAGAAACCAGCUUCACCCGUAACCGUCGAGUUAAACUGGAGACACCUUUUUCCAAAAUGAACGGGACAACUAGCCCAUCUCUGACUGAUGACAAGGCCGGCGUGCACUGCACCAGAAAGUCCCCGCGUCUUCAGGGAGAGGGCAAAGCAAGCAGUGGAAGGCAGCAAGCAGAUGUCUCAGAUGAGGUGGAGUGCUCCUCUACCCCGAAGAGGUGUCGCUUCAGUCUGCGGAGCCGGCAGGUGGAUGAGGAUGAGGAGGAGGACGAGGAAGGGGAGGACCACUCGGUGCGACGAAGCUCACGCAUCACCAGACUGGACUCACGCAAGCAGUCGGUGCUCUACGACCGCCUCAUCACAAACACUGCUGAAGCAGUUCUCCAGAAGAUGGACGACAUGCAGAAGAUGAGACGCAGAGUCCGAAACAGAGAUAGAGACACUACAGAAGAGCUUGGAAUGUACAGUUCAGAUGACAGGAGGCGACAUUCACUACGGACGGCUCUGAAAACCAUUGAUGCCCAGGAGAAAGUCAGUAAAGAUGUUGAGAAAGAAGAUGACAAAGACGACAAUGUGGUAAAGGAGGGGGAGGUGGAGGAAGAAGAGGGGGAAGAUGAGGAUGAAGGGGAAGAGGGGGAGGAGGAGGAGGAAGAUGGUGAUGAGGAUGAUGACGACGAUGAUGAAGAGGGGGAGGAUGAGGAAGGGGACAACCAGAAACGCUACGACUUCAGGAAGAGAAAGGCUGUGGAUCGCUAUCAAGCCCCACAGAAGGAGCCCAAAGAGAUCCGGAAGCGCUCGCUGUACUUCAAGGGCCACUCCUCUCCCACCAGACGCAGGUUUAGAUUCAACGCCAACGCCCCCAGAAGCCCCUACAGCCGCCGGCGAAGCAGCAGGAGUAGUUCUGAAAGAAGGAGGCACGCCAUCCACAACAGUGACUCCACGCUCAGCAGUGACUCUUCCUCCUCCGACUCUUCCUCCACCUUCCAGAGGAGGAGGAGUAAAACCAGGAGCAAACCGGUCAACAGAUGUCUACCCAUGAACCUAGUGAAGGAAGACCUACUGGGUAUCCAGAAGGACAGAAUGAAGAUCGGGGCCAGUCUGGCCGAUGUUGACCCCAUGCAGAUAGACAAGACGGUGUGUUUUGACAGCAUCGGCGGGCUUGGAAGACACAUCUCAUCCCUUAAGGAGAUGGUGGUCUUUCCUCUUCUCUACCCCGAGGUCUUUGAAAAGUUCAAGAUACAACCACCCAGGGGCUGCCUGUUCUACGGCCCUCCCGGCACAGGGAAGACCCUGGUGGCCAGAGCGCUGGCCAACGAGUGCAGCCAGGGGGACAAGAAGGUGGCCUUCUUCAUGAGGAAGGGGGCCGACUGCCUCAGCAAGUGGGUGGGCGAGUCGGAGCGGCAGCUGCGACUGCUCUUUGACCAGGCGUACCAGAUGCGUCCAGCCAUCAUCUUCUUUGACGAGAUUGAUGGCUUGGCCCCGGUCCGGUCCAGUCGGCAAGACCAGAUCCACAGCUCCAUAGUGUCCACUCUUCUGGCUCUGAUGGACGGGCUGGACAGCCGGGGGGAGGUGAUCGUGAUCGGAGCCACUAACAGACUAGACUCCAUCGACCCUGCUCUCAGGAGACCGGGACGCUUCGACCGGGAGUACCUCUUCGGCCUCCCGGACAGAGUGGCCAGGAAGGACAUUCUGAAGAUUCACACCAAACAGUGGGCUCCCCCACCCUGUGAUGCCUUCCUGGAGGAACUGGCAGACAAAUGUGUCGGUUACUGCGGGGCCGACAUCAAGGCGGUGUGCUCCGAGGCCGCCCUGUGCGCCCUUCGGCGCCGUUACCCCCAGAUCUACUCCUCGUCCCAGAAGCUGGUGCUGGACGUCGACUCCAUCACCAUCGGCAGCAGGGACUUCCUGUCCGCCAUGACCAAGAUGGUGCCCGCCGCUCAGAGGGCGGUGGUGACCCCAGCCCGGGCCCUGAUCCCGGCCCUGGUCCCCCUCCUGGGGGCCUCCCUGCACCGCCUCCUGGACACGCUGGCCCGGGUCUUCCCUCACGUGGAGCUGGGGCUCAAGAAAAGAGCACUCGCAGAUCUCCCCUGUGGUGUGCCUGAAGACGACGAGGUGGUGCUCAGUGAGGAUGAAGAGGGCCCGUCCCCUGGCGGCUCUGGGCCGCAACCCAAGACCCCCGCUGCGCAGGGACGCCUGGACUUCACCCGGACGGCGCUGAGCCAGCCCACUUCCUACCGGCCCCGCCUGCUGCUGGAGGGCCGGCCGGGCUCCGGCCAGAGCUCCCACCUGGCCCCCGCCGCGCUCCACGCCCUGGAGAAGUUCACCGUCCACACCCUGGACGUGGCCGUCCUGUACGGAGCCAGCACCGCCGCGCCGGAGGAGACGUGUGCUCAGAUGUUCCUGGAGGCGAAGCGCACCUCUCCCAGCAUCCUGUACAUCCCCCACAUCGGCCAGUGGUGGGAGGCCGUGGGGCCCGCCCUGAGGGCCACCUUCCUCAGCCUUCUGCGCUCCAUCCCCUCCUUCUCCCCCAUACUGCUGCUGGCCACCUGUAACCUGCCCUACCACCUGCUCAGUCCAGAGCUGAAGGAGUUGUUUUGUCUGGACUACGGCGAGGUGUUUAACGUCCCGGUGCCCAGUAGCAGAGAGAGGAAGGACUUCUUUGAGGACUUGAUCCUCAACCAGGCAGCCAAGGCCCCGGCUUCCAAGAAAAGGGCCGCGCUCCAGUCUCUGGAGGUGCUGCCUGUGGCCCCGCCUUCUGCCCCUCGUCAGCUGACCAAGGAAGAGGCCGAGCGAUUGGAGGAGCAGGAGGAGGCCACGUGGAGGGAGCUCCGCCUCUUCCUGCGUGAUGUCACCAACCGCCUUUCCCUAGACAAACGCUUUAAGGCUUUCACAAAACCUGUGGAUCUAGAGGAGGUGGAAGACUAUGCUGAGGUCAUCAAGGAGCCUAUGGACCUGGCGACGGUUCUCUCAAAGAUCGACCGCCACCAGUACGGUACGGCCAGGGAGUUCCUCUAUGACGUCGACCUCAUCUGGAAGAACUGCCUGGAGUACAACCCGGACCGAGACCCUUCCGACCGUCAGAUCCGUCACAGGGCUUGUGCUCUGAAGGACACCGUCCACGCCAUCAUCAAACACGAGUUGGACGAAGACUUUGAAAAGAUCUGUGAGGAGAUCAAGGAGUCCCGCAGUAAUAGAGAUUGGUCCACGUCUCGCUCGGCCCCGUCCUUCUACCAUGUGCUUCCCAAGCAGCCCAAAGCCUUUGCUGCGGAGGCCAAAGCCUGUGACGUCGCCCCUGCUCUGGAGCCCGUCCAACCCGCGUGCGCCAACUCUUCGUCCCAUCCCUCUGUCCACACUACACCCAAAAACACAGCCCAGAAGAAGAAACGCCGCCGCAGCCGCUGGUCCAAAGGCGUGAUCUCCAAGAAGAGGUCGACGUGCUCCCCUCAUACCCCCAAGGACGGGGAAGAGGAGGAGGAAGAAGCUGGAGGGACGGAGAGCGACGAGGGCUCUGCAGGAGAGCGAGAGAUGGACCAGUCCGCCCAAGAGGAAGGAGAAGACGGGCAUAGGGGAGGACUUCCCACUGAGGCUGGGUCGCAGGACGCAAGCCCGAAGCCGGAUAACGGCCCUCCGACACAAAACAACACGGGGGCGACCGACGACGGCAUCGACCACCCUGCGGGCGGACAAAGCAGCGGAAGUGGAGGCCAGGAUGUUGAUCUCAAAGAAGCGUCAACGGAGGAGCAGAGCGAUGCCGUGACGUCUGAAGCAGAGGGAGACAUAGCUCCGUCGAAGGAGACGGACCCAGCAGAGCCCAUGGAUGUAGGGGGCUGUGAGGGGGGCAUCGCGGCCGGCUCGGACGGCUGCGCGCCUCCUGGGCGGCCUACCCACGACGACACGACGGGGAAAACGGAGGAGGAGUCGCACGCAGAUGCGUCAACGGCUCUGCGUUUGGGCUCAGAGUCGAGUGUGAGGCGUGUGACGCGAGGGCUGAAGUCGGCCGUGCAGCAGCAGAUGGUCGAGGCGGACGCAGCUGUGCCGGUGCCGGUCGAGAAGACUCCUCCGCUGGAGGUGGACAGAGAUAAGCUCAAGGACCUUCUGGAGAAGGUCGUGCUGAGGACGGAGCGCUACGAGGUCCGGCAGCUGGAGAAGCUCUACGCCCUGCUGUGCCAGAGCAUCUACAGACACCGACGGGAGUACAACAAGGCCACGCUGUUGAAGGAGAUGGAACAAGAGAUUGAUGACUUGACCGCAACAGUUUGACCAUCCUUUUAAACGCGUGGACCUGUAUUAGUUUGUUGUGAGACUGAUUAGUAUGUUUCCCUUUAUAGUUGUAUUCUUCCCUAUUUAGUUGGAUAGAAUAAGCAAUAUAACUCUAUUUUUAUAGGACUACAAAUAGUUUUUGAUGUAUAUUUAAUGAAAAACCCCUCCCCCCUAAUUCUUGCUAUGUAUUUCUUUUGUUUGCUGAAGGAAAAAUAAAAAACAUGUUUCAUUAAUGGAA